AUGCCUGCAGCAGACAAUCGCCGCCUCCAGGCCCUCGCGGCCGUCGCCGGCGACUACGAAUGGCACCGCGCCGAGAUCAGCGAGCGGACGGACGGCACCUGCGAGUGGAUCCUCGAAAACCCCGAAUUCUCCGCCUGGAUCGCCGCCGACGGGCCCUCGCUGCUCUGGCUCACGGGGAAUCUCAAGUCCGGCAAAACCGUCCUGGCCGACUUCCUCGCCAGCGAACUCGCCGCGCGUAACCCAAACUCCACCGUCUGCUCCUACUUCUUCCCCGAAAACGACCUCUUCGAGGACCACCCUCCGCCGAAGCACGAGGCCAGUCGCGCGCUCGCCGCCCUCCUACACCAAGUGCUAAAUAACCAGCCCGCGCUCGCCACCCACGCCCCGGCGCUCCAACAACAAGAUGCGCGACCAGAUGCGGAGCCCCGUUUGCCUUCCGUCGGGAGUUUAUGGGCAGCCGUCUGCGGUAUAGCGAGAGCGCUAGGGGGCCGGAAAGCGCAAUUGAUAGUACUUCUCGACGGCCUCGACAUGUGCCAAGAGCCCUCACGAGCCGAGCUUCUCGCGGAGCCAGCUGCCGCGCCGGCAGACCUGGGGCGUCACCUCAAAAUCCUGCUUACCAGCCGGCCGAAUGCCGAUAUCGCGGAGGCGCUGGGGUCCCCGAGCACCCUGGUACGCCUCCGGAGCGAGGAUGCGCCCUGGAUCGCGAGGAAGGAGGUCAAGCGUGUCCGCGAAAGCGCAAUCGAAGCCCUCAAGAGCAAGGGAGAUCUCGAUGAGACAAAGAAAUCAAACUGCGCCGGCAAAUGGAUGAGUUUGACAGCUCAUUGCUCCGACGAACCCGAGGCGGCUCGCGCGCAAAGCGAAAGGGUCUUUGGGAAACUGCAUAGCGGGUAUAGGCGCUGGCUGGAGCCGCUCUUGGAGAAUCCAAAAUUGCGCGAGCUUGUCCACGUGGUGGCUACCAAAGGAGAUCUCGAGCUGAGCUUGAAUGACAUCAAUAUCCUGCUUGCGCUAGACGGCCGCGCCCGAUUAAGGACGCAAACGAUUGAGGACAUCAAAGCGAAAUUAGAUCCCAACAUCGAGGCCACGAUCCUUCGCCUAAGUGACUCGUUGCUGACCACCGCGUCAUCCACCGUAGAAUUUGCCCAUAGCACGAUUGCCGGAUACAUCAAGGAUCUAGGUGGUGCAGGCAGGAUUAGGGGAACCCCGCCAAACCAGCGGAAGAGUCUCGGCUGCCAAACUUGGGCAACAUCCAUCUAA